AUGGAGGGGCUGCGGCGCGGGCUGUCGCGCUGGAAGCGCUACCACAUCAAGGUGCACCUGGCCGACGAGGCGCUGCUGCUGCCGCUGACGGUGCGGCCGCGAGACACGCUCAGCGACCUGCGCGCCCAGCUUGUGGGCCAGGGCGUGAGCUCCUGGAAGCGCACCUUCUAUUACAACGCGCGGCCGCUCGACGACCACCAGACUGUGCGCGACGUGCACCUGCAGGACGGCUCGGUGCUGCUGCUCGUCAGCGACCCCAGGUGGCCGGGAGGAGGGGGCGAGCGCGGGCGGGGGGGCCCUGGCUGCCUCCGGGGCCUGCGUCGGGGGACAGGCCAGAGGGCGCCCGUGAGCACCUGA